AUGAAUCAUCACCACAUGUCGGUUUCAUCAUCUUCAGCUCAUUCCUUCGGUUCACACUCUCCGACCAUGAUGGAUCACUCGAAUCACACCAUGAACCACACGAUGGGUGGUAUGCCCAUGUAUUUUGUGAACUCGUAUCAAGUUUCCCAUUUAUUGUUUGAACCUGUGGUCAUUGAAUUAUGGUGGCAUUAUUUGUUAGCGAUUUUAAUUUGCUUUGGCCUGUCAAUAUUUAAUCAAUUCUUGGUGUUUUUGGUGAAAAGAAAGGUUACCAUUCCGAAAAUAAAUGAAGAAGAUGAAUACAGAAAUUUGGAAACUAAUAAGAAGAAGAGAAAAAAGAAAGUGAUUGCUUACACGUGGUUCAUUUUGAAGCCAUUGAUUUAUUUGGUACAAAACACAUUGGGCUAUCUCUUGAUGUUAGUUACAAUGACCUAUAACAUGGGAUUGUUUUUGGCUGUUGUUGCAGGUAAUACUGUCGGAUGGACUAUUUUCUCAAUGAGCAGUAACAUUGUUCCCGAGGAUUGUUGUUCUAAUUAA